GUUAGAAGAAGAAAGAAGCAUUAGAGAUGUAAAAGUUACGGUGCUCAGCAGCAUUUAAAGGAAGCUUUCCCCUUCGUAAUUUUUUUCCUUCUCAUAUCACUCAUCUUCACCCAUUAUUACCUACAACAGAAUUUUUAUCAGCUCAAUUUUAUCAUCCUUUAUCAAAAUACUCAAUAUGGCUACUCUUCAAGGCUUGUCGAGGGUUAGACUUGUUCCUAACAAGAACUACAAGAGAUCUGGCAUUAAAUCCUAUGUUUACCUUCUCAACAAAUGGGGUUUCGAGCCCACUCUACCUGGUCCAUACUUUCAGAUGAACAAGGCUACCGAGAGGGAAGCUACCUACCACAAGUUUGGACACAAAUCCCACCACCAUAAACGUCACUUGGCAAAAAAGACUCCUAAUGGAGAAAAUGGGGAAGUUCCAGCUCAAGAUCAACAGAACGAUUCAGAGUAUCUCUGCCCUGUGCAGAUAGGUACACCAGCACAAACUUUGAUGCUUGAUUUUGAUACUGGAUCGUCCGAUCUAUGGGUAAGUACACGAAAGUUUUGUUCUUACGGCCGGAGCUAACGUGGUGGAAUAGGUCUGGUCCACAGAGCUUCCAAAAUCCACAACUUCCAAGGCAACUGGGCACACAAUUUUCGACCCAACCAAAUCAUCCACCUUCAAAGCUUCCAAAUCAUCCAAAUGGCAAAUUUCGUAUGGUGAUUCCUCAUCUGCUUCCGGUACUGUUGGAACGGAUACUGUAACUAUCGGUGGACUUGCGAUCAAGAACCAGGGAGUUGAGCUUGCGACCAAGUUGUCUGCUCAAUUCGAAGAGGGUGCAGGUGAUGGAUUGCUCGGUCUCGCCUGGGGCAGCAUCAAUACUGUCACACCUGAACCGGUUGCUACACCCGUCAUGAACAUGAUUACCCAAAAAGACAUUCCAUCUGACGCGGAACUUUUCACCGUCAAUCUCAGUAGCUGGCGCGAUGCCGAAGAUCCCGACAAGGGAGAGAGUUUCUACACAUUCGGCUACAUCGACAAAGAUGUCGUUGGCAGCCAAGAGAUCUCCUACACCCCCGUUGACAAUUCUCAAGGAUUCUGGAUGUUUGAUUCUACAUCUGCUACCGUAAAUGGCAAGACCAUCACACAGAGUAGUAACCAAGCUAUUGCUGAUACCGGAACUACUCUUGCUCUCGUUUCCGACGAAACUUGCCAGGCUAUCUACAAUGCUAUUCCAGGCUCUACUUACGAUUCAACACAACAAGGCUACACAUUCCCAAGCAACACCAGCGCCGACGAUCUCCCCGUCGUCACAUUCGCUGUCGGCGGCAAACAAUUUGCUGUUCAAAAAGAAGAUUUGGGAUUUGCCGAUGCGGGUAAUGGUAUGGUUUACGGCGGCAUCCAAUCUCGGGGUUCGAUGACCUUUGAUAUUCUCGGUGAUACUUUCCUCAAAGGAAUCUAUGCUGUAAGUCCUCCCUCCCGUUCAUGUUAUAUUAACCACUAACAUUUUCCCCAGAUCUUCGACCAAGGUAACGUCCGAUUUGGAGCCGUUCAAAGAAACGAAGCUACACAGAAUACAUCUGCUCCGCCUUCUUAGAUGAUGUUAUCUCAUGACACGGAGUAUGGUUUUGUAACGGGUUGGGUUGGAGGAAUUGUUGGGCUAUGGUUGGGUUGGGAAGGAAUGUCUGGAUUAUGGGUUGCAGAGGCAUAUGUUUUUGAGUGCGUGGGUUUCGUUGGAAUUGGUGGUAACUCUUUUU